AUGUCUUCAAAAGGUGAAUUGAUUCUAGGCUAUUGGGAUAUUCGUGGAUUUGUUGAACCGUCUCGUUUACUUCUUCAUUAUACAAAGACUCCAUUUCAAAAUAAAUUAUAUCGUAUUGGUGAUGCACCCGAUUAUUCACGCGAAGAAUGGCUGAAGGAAAAGUCAACAUUAGGUUUAGACUUUCCCAAUCUUCCUUAUUUGAUUGAUGGUGAUUUGAAAUUAUCUCAAAGCAAAGCGAUACUAUGUCAUUUGGGACGAAAGUGUAAUCUUAUGGGCAAAACUGAACAUGAAACGUCGAUGAUCGAACAGUUGAUUGAUCAAGCAGAUGAUUUACGUCGUGAUUUAAAUAACGUUUGUUAUCGUGCUAUUAAUUUUGAAGCGGUGAAAAAAACUUUCUGUGAAACAACAUUGCCAACACAUUUGAAAAUGUAUGAUGAUUUUUUAACUAAACAUGGAAAAAAAUGGUUACUAGGCGAUCAAUUGACAGCGGCUGAUUUUCAGUUAUUUGAAUAUAUUGAUUGUUGUUGGUUAUUGUCGAAUGAUACCUGGGAAGAAUAUCCACGUGUGUUAAAAUAUAUGAAAGAAUUUCGUGAAGUGCCGGAAUUGAAAAAAUAUCUCGAUGGUGAACACGAAAAGCGACCAAUUAACGGAAAGACAGCAAAAUUUGGUGGAGCAGCGGUAAAACACGAGGAAAAGAAGAAAGAAGAAAAGAAGCCAGAUACGAACGAAACAGAAGCAGCGCCAAUCGAAGAAAAGAAGUAA